AUGCGGUCUUAUAGCCCAGUUGAGACUCUCGCCCAUGACGAUGCAGUGGUCGCGCGCGCCGCCACGCGCACUGCCUCUGGGCCUGAGUCUGGCCUCGAAGUGGGCCUGAAAAAAAGGGUAGCACAGCUGACGGAUAUUCAGACGAACUGCACCGCGCCUUCUUGCUUCAGCGCGACGUUCGAUGACGGGCCGUGGAUCUACACGGAUAUUGUUGCUCGCCAUUUUGCAAGCGCUGGGCUUCAAACGACUUUUUUUGUCAAUGGUAAUAAUUACGAUUGCAUCUACAACGAGCCGCGUGUGCAGACGAUUCGCAAUGUACUCGCCCUCGGCCACCAGAUCGGCUCGCACACGUGGAGUCACGCGAGCCUCGUGGGGCUGACGUUCGCCGAGAUUGACGAGCAGGUCUUCCUCCUGGAGGAAGCGCUGCGGAAGAUUGCGGGGAUUGUGCCGGCGUUCAUCCGGCCCCCAUAUGGCGCGGUGAAUGAGACGAUCAUCGACUACCUCAACAAGCGGCACAGCCUGAUCGUCCUCUUGUGGACGGAGGACACGCUCGACUCGCUCGGCACGAGCCCAGAGCAGAGCAUCGCCAUCCUCAACGACACGAUCCGGCGCCGCGAGCAGGCCGUCGUGCUGCAGCAUGACACGCUCGCGACGACCGCGAACGUUGUCGUACCGCAGGAGCUGCAGCUCCUGCGCGCGAACGGGUACGUGGACGGUGGGACGGGGAGGACGGUGCGCACGGUCGCGCAGAACUUUGGCGUCCAGCCGUACAAGGUGAGGACGACGCCUUCGAAUCGCGACAGUACAUGGACGUGUGCCGGCAAGCCUCAACCGGGUGUCGGCUGA